AUGAGCUGGUGCACGGCGGCGGAGGUGGCGGACCUGAUACGCGUCAGCAGACUACAUCAUGGUGUUGCAGAGGCUGAACGUAAAGCGGCGGAUUUGCGUCUCACUGAACUUCAUGCAUCAGCAGUGAACUUUGGGGACGCUUUGGUGGAGGUGGCGGUUGCAUCUGGCGCGCUUUCAUGCAGUGUGCGGCUGGCGGCAGCGCUGACGCUGGAGUCAUUCGUGACGGAGCGGGCGUGGUGUGAGGGCGUCGGGUUUAGCGACAAAGAGCGUGUUCUUGCUACACUUUUGGCGUGUUUGCGCGAUGUUUCACUUGCCACGGCUGUGGCUGACGUGCGGCUGAACACUUUGUUGUGUUCCUGUCUUUGCCGCAUCAUAUGCUUUGAAUAUCCCACUGCCCACUGGGAUGCCUUUAUUGACGAGUGCGUAUCGGCCAUUGUGUCAGUAGACGCCACAGAGCAGCGGGCGGGGUGCGGGUUCGUGCAACGUACAAUUCUCCUGCGGUUGGCGGAGAAUUGUGCUGCCAAAGCCGCACUGUGGUGGCGUCUGGCGUCUGGCGUGGUCCGCCGUUUGUUGGAGUGGGCUGCAGUUUAUGGAAGAGGAGGGGAGCCACGAGUGCUGUGCCUUCGUGUCGUGCUUCACUUAAUGCGGCGGCGUCCACGGCCGAGUGAAGUUGCUGAGGCGGAGCGUCCGACAAGUUCUUUUAUCUUUUCCGAUGAAUUUCGUGGCGUAGUUAGUCGUAGCCUGGAGGAGGGAGCGAGCGCCUUUGAAUCCAGGGGGCCCUGCACGCUACUUUUGGAGGAGUGUGGCCUCCUCUUGGACGUCGCACAACACUUGCUCGGCGACGACGCGUUUGCACGUGUUGUGUUUCGUUGCAGCAUUUGCUUACUUUCGUCAUGCGAAGCUGCAUACCUCGCAGGGAUCGGAGAAAGCUCUUCGCUUGUCUCGUGUGUGGAUAACGCGUUUGAAUGCCUCGUUGGUGUACUGCAGACGUAUCCGGAGGCGUCAUUACUGUGCGACAACGAAAUGUUUCUGUUAACGCUUUUCAGUUACAUGACACGCGCUGUUGGACUUGAGCAUGACGAUGAGUCGGGUUUGCUGGACGCAUUGCAGGAGGACUGUGUUGUGCCGUUGGGGUGCGCUGGCGGUGACACAGCCGCAAACGCGGGUGCCGUGCUGGAGCUUCUUAUGGAGGCGAACCCGCACUUAUUGGGUCUCGCGGUGGGAUCUCUCUGCGCCACAGUUACUGAGCUUUGCCAGGGGACCACCUCGGCGCACUGGCGGGCGUGGACAACUGCCCUUCGUUGCUGCUGCCGUGUGUAUGACGAGAAGGGUUUGUCGCUCACUGACAGCCUUCCAGAUGCUGCUGGGCGUCUGUUGUCACCCCUUGCGUUACUUCUCAGGCAGGCCACUGACCCCUUGGAGGCUGCGGAGCUGAUUGAGUUGCUUGCCUUGUGCGUUGUGCGGGCGGAGCAGGAGCCUGUCUGCCGCGUUUUUUUGUCCAUCCUUGAAGCCACCUUUGAUGGCGUUGGCGAUAAUGGCACACGGGAUCAGUUGCUUCUUCUUGCAGUGACCGUGUACGCCGUGCAUCGAUUUUUUUUGACGUGUGCCUCGUCGCUUGUACCCGGGAACUUGUGUGACGCGUCGGUGUGGUUGCGGCGUGCACUUGCCGUAAUCUCACGCGGAGGCCCACUCGCCGUGUACUGCGGCGCCCACGCUGUACAGACGCUUCUGCACGCCACUCCAAAUUGCACGCUCCCAUCAACGCCGUUGGUGCUCGCCGCGCUAGACAAUGCGUGCCGUCAGUGCAAUGUACCGAAUGCAUCCUCGCUUCUUGCUGGGCUUGUGUGGUCGCUUUGCUGUCAUACCCCGGGGGAGUGCGAUGUCGCCGUGGAGCUGCUACAAAUUGUCUUGUCGCAUUGCCUUCACAAUGGACCGCAUCGCGCAGAGUUGCGGCGCUGUCUGACGGAGUAUCUAUGGCGUUUUUUAAGGUCUGUCUUGAGGCAAACGACAUGCCUUCAGUGUGUUGCGACUGUGCUGCACAAGUGCCUUCCCAUCGUUUUGCAGUUUGCCGUAGAAGAUGCACCACAUGACGAUGCGACGGCGCGUCUUGUGUCAAGUUGCCUGGCGGCAGCGGCAUCUUGCGAUGACGCGGGGAUCAUGUAUGAGAACAUCAGCUCUGCACUCUGGGAACUCCUCCGUUCUGCGGUGCACGAACGCCACUGCUCUGCGACGCUGACGAAGAUUGUGGCAGCGAUGAGUGCUACGGCACUUGUUUGGCCGAAGCUCUUGGACAGAGAUAUAACGGCAGUGGUGUCGCUUCUCUUCAGCAGCGUCGAUACAGCUGGGGCGAGGGGGCUCAAUUAUGUGGGAUGCUGCCUCCUGCCAGCACUUUUUUGUGUUCGCCACCCAGAGCAGCUGGAACACAUGACUGCCGUGUUUGCCGCGACACCUCUGCACAAAAAUUUGGCGUGGGGGACGAUGUUUGGCCUUUGGAGCUCCGUCGCCCCUCUCACUGAUCAUUUUACCACGCUGUACUUUCUGGCGGCGUGGUGUCGCUUGUUACGGUACGCCAUGGACACCCGUAGUGAGGGGCGAGACGUUCUGACAGUGGCCGUGCCCCACUGCACGGUGUACUACCUUCCAAGCAUGUACGUGAAGUCACUUCCAAAACAACGGGUAGAGCGUUGUAGCAUGGCGCAGUGUAUUGCUCUUGGCCUUGCGCUGGUGGCGCAGCGAGGACAAAAGUCCGCAAAGGUGAAACUUCUGGAGGAAGAGUUGCUGCAUUUGCUCUCAUUAAAUCGACGAUUUGAGGCGCUUGCGUGCUGCAGCGCUGCUGAGGCGAGGAUUGACACGUUGUUAUCGAUGAGCCUCGUAGAGGGCGCCCAAUGGCUUCUGGGGAUGAUGUCGGACGGCGGUUACGGGCUGCAGGUUGACACCGCUAUCCACUUUGUGGGUAAAUUAUAA